AUGGCCCCGGCGGAGAGUGGAGCGGGUGAUAAUGGGAACCCAAUAAGUGCACCGUUGGCCGAAGAUAUUCCGGAGCUUCCCAACGGCGAUGACGAUGAUGGACGCAAAGAGCAGACGGAUCGGUAUGACCCGGAAGCGCAACCACUGUCCGUGAGUGGUAGGGAACCGGUGGCCUGCGAAACUGAUGUCAAACAGCCCGUCACUAUCGGUUGGAAAGAAGGCUAUCAGCAGGUGCUCGCUACCUGUCUGGUGAAUCUGAUCGUCAUCCAGGCCGGUAUCAAUAUGACCUACUCGGCCAUCCUACUGCCGCAGCUGUCGGAACCGGGCAGCCCGAUCCUGAUCGACCGCAAUGAAGCUUCCUGGAUAGCGUCGGUGGUAACGAUCGCCCUACCGCUCGGAUCGCUCGUCGUUGGCCAGCUGAUGGAUACGUUCGGGCGCAAAAAGAUUGCGCUCGCGACAUGCGUUCCGUUUGCGCUCGGUUGGCUGCUGAUUGCCGGCGCUUCCAAUGUCGGCAUGAUUUACGUCGCCCGCAUCGUGCUGGGCUCCUCCGGAGGGCUUACGACCGUCGCCCUGGUUUACGUGAGCGAAAUAUCGCACGUCUCCCUGCGCCCGAUGCUGCUCUGUGCCAACAGUGUGUUUGUGUCGUUUGGCAUCUUGCUGACGUGCGUUUUAGCGGUUUUCUUCGACUGGCGUGCCAUAGCGUACAUAUACGCAGGGCUGUCGAUCGUCUCGUUCCUGCUGAUUCUGCUCAUCCCGGAGUCACCCCAUUGGUUGGUGACAUUCACGAAAAAAGACUCCACUAAAGCCCGCAGCGUGCUGAACUGGUUGUAUCGAGAUAAGAAGCUCGCCGAAGAUCAGUACUGUCAGAUUGUGGCGCACGCCAGCCCAAACCGAUCAUCGCUCGGCAAGGCCGGUACCUUGCACUCCUUCUCUCCGAAAGUGUUUCUACAGCCACGCGUCUACCGGCCGAUGGUCAUCUUGCUGCUGGUGUUCCUCUACCAGCAGCUGUCCGGUGCGUACGUGCUCAUCUUCUACGCCCUGGACGUUUUCCAGCGCAUCAACGGUGGUGCGACGGCGGGGGAGCAGGCGGCCAACUUUAACGAGUACACCGCGUUGGUGGUACUGGGUCUGAUACGCUUCGUCAUGUCGAUCGUGACGUCCGGGUGCUCGCGAAAAUACGGCCGUCGACCGCUCCUGUGCAUCUCCGGGUUGGCGAUGGGCGCAUUCAUGACCAUUGGAGCUGCGUACAUAGACUUUUUCCAGCGCAAUGUUAAUGGUGGUGGUGGUGAUCGGUUUGGAAGCUUCCUGCUGCUCGUUUGCGUCCUUGGUUACGUGUGCGCCAGUGCGGUCGGAUAUCUGGUGCUACCGUGGACGAUGAUAGGCGAACUGCUGCCAACGGAUGUUAAAGGAAAACUGGGUGGACUGACCGUUUCCAUCGCGUACGUGCUGAUGUUUGGUGUGGUGAAGAUUUUUCCCUACCUUCUCGAGCUGGUUGCCAUCCGGGGGAUCUUUUACAUCUAUGCCGCCACGAGCUUUGCCGGUGUGGCGUACAUCUACUGCUACGUGCCGGAAACGUUCGGUAGAAGUUUCGCCGAAAUCGAACGACACUUUGCGCUGGGUGCAGGGAAGAGCUCGUAG